AUGGAUUACGAGAUUUUACACAAGCCAUCUUAUGCCUUGGCACGGAUCAGGAUGAACGCACGGGAGCAAAUCCAGGCCGAGACGGGCGCCAUGGUCAGCAUGUCUGAUUCCAUUCACAUGGAAACAAGCACUCGCGGCAGCUUAUUUGGCGGCCUUCGGCGAUCGGUCCUCGGCGGCGAGAGUUUCUUUGUCAACACCUUCACCGCCGAGCAGUCGGGGGAAGUAACGGUGGCACCAUCACUUCCUGGUGACAUUGAGGUGCUGGAACUGAGGGGAGAAACGCUCAUGGUCCAGUCGGGUUCCUUUCUGGCAUCCACCUUGGGCAUCGAGGUGGAUUCCCAGUGGGGAGGCGCCCGUUCCUUCUUUUCCAAGGAGGGUCUGUUCCUGCUGCGUUGCUCCGGCAGCGGUCUACUGUUCAUUUCCUCCUACGGCGCUAUACACCGGAUUGACCUGGGUCGCGGCGAACGCUACACCGUAGACAACGGACAUAUGGUCGCCUUUGACGAGUCCGUCGGCUACGACGUUGGACGAUCCGGAGGAUGGAAAACGACAGUUCUCGGUGGGGAGGGCCUGGUCUGCAAACUGGAGGGACCCGGCCGUUUUUACAUGCAGACUCGCAGCGAGGACGCUUUCCUCAACUGGCUGGCGCCCAAAUUUCCGAAGCGGUAG